UUCCCCCGGUUCCCCCGGCGCUCGGAGCCCGAGUCCGCGGGAAGAUGGCGGCGCCACUCAUCCCCCUCUCCCAGCAGAUUCCCACUGGAAAUUCGUUGUAUGAAUCUUACUACAAGCAGGUCGAUCCAGCAUACACAGGGAGGGUGGGGGCGAGUGAAGCUGCGCUUUUUCUAAAGAAGUCUGGCCUCUCGGACAUUAUCCUUGGGAAGAUAUGGGACUUGGCUGACCCAGAAGGUAAAGGGUUCUUGGACAAACAGGGUUUCUAUGUUGCACUGAGACUGGUGGCCUGUGCACAGAGUGGCCAUGAAGUUACCUUGAGCAAUCUGAAUUUGAGCAUGCCACCACCUAAAUUUCACGACACCAGCAGCCCUCUGAUGGUCACACCGCCCUCUGCAGAGGCCCACUGGGCUGUGAGGGUGGAAGAAAAGGCCAAAUUUGAUGGGAUUUUUGAAAGCCUCUUACCCAUCAAUGGUUUGCUCUCUGGAGACAAAGUCAAGCCAGUCCUCAUGAACUCAAAGCUGCCUCUUGAUGUCCUGGGCCGGGUCUGGGACCUCAGUGACAUUGAUAAGGAUGGGCACUUGGACCGAGACGAGUUCGCUGUGGCCAUGCACUUGGUGUACCGAGCCCUGGAGAAGGAGCCCGUGCCCUCCGCCCUGCCCCCGUCCCUCAUCCCACCCUCCAAGAGAAAGAAGACUGUGUUCCCUGGCGCCGUCCCUGUCCUGCCCGCCAGUCCCCCACCAAAAGAUAGCCUCCGCUCCACGCCGUCCCACGGCAGUGUCAGCAGCCUCAACAGCACAGGGAGCCUGUCCCCCAAGCACAGCCUCAAGCAAACACAGCCAACAGUGAACUGGGUGGUGCCGGUGGCAGACAAGAUGCGAUUUGAUGAGAUAUUCCUGAAGACCGAUCUGGAUCUGGAUGGCUACGUGAGUGGCCAGGAGGUGAAGGAGAUCUUCAUGCACUCGGGCCUCACCCAGAACCUUCUAGCACACAUAUGGGCCCUGGCCGAUACGAGGCAAACGGGGAAGUUAAGCAAAGACCAAUUCGCGUUAGCUAUGUAUUUCAUUCAGCAGAAGGUCAGUAAAGGCAUCGACCCCCCUCAAGUCCUCUCGCCAGACAUGGUCCCGCCCUCAGAGAGAGGCACGCCUGGCCCGGACAAUUCAGGCUCUCUCGGCUCCGGGGAGUUUACUGGCGUGAAGGAGCUCGAUGACAUCAGUCAAGAGAUUGCCCAGUUACAAAGAGAGAAAUAUUCACUGGAACAAGACAUUCGAGAAAAGGAAGAGGCAAUCAGACAGAAAACCAGUGAGGUGCAGGAAUUACAAAAUGACCUAGACCGGGAAACAAGCAGUUUGCAGGAGCUCGAGGCUCAGAAACAGGAUGCUCAAGACCGCCUGGACGAGAUGGACCAGCAGAAGGCUAAGCUCCGAGACAUGUUGAGCGAUGUCCGGCAGAAGUGCCAGGACGAGACUCAGAUGAUCUCAUCAUUGAAAACACAAAUCCAGUCUCAGGAAUCGGACUUAAAGUCCCAGGAAGACGAUCUGAACCGAGCCAAGUCGGAGCUGAACCGAUUGCAGCAGGAGGAAACCCAGCUGGAGCAGAGCAUUCAGGCCGGGCGAGUCCAGCUGGAAACCAUUAUCAAGUCCCUGAAGUCAACGCAAGAUGAAAUCAACCAGGCAAGGAGCAAACUUUCCCAGCUGCACGAAAGCCGCCAGGAGGCCCACAGGAGCCUGGAGCAGUAUGACCAGGUGCUCGAUGGAGCCCAUGGCGCCAGCCUGACCGACCUGGCCGACCUGAGCGAAGGCAUCUCCCUGGCAGAGAGGGGCGGUUUUGGAGCCAUGGAUGAUCCUUUCAAAAAUAAAGCCUUGUUAUUUAGCAACAACACACAAGAGCUGCAUCCGGAUCCUUUCCAGACAGAAGACCCCUUCAAAUCUGACCCAUUUAAAGGAGCUGAUCCCUUCAAAGGCGACCCGUUCCAGAAUGACCCCUUUGCAGAACAGCAGACAACUUCAACAGAUCCAUUUGGAGGGGACCCUUUCAAAGAAAGUGACCCAUUCCGUGGCUCUGCCACCGACGACUUCUUCAAGAAACAGACAAAGAAUGACCCAUUUACCUCGGACCCAUUCACGAAAAACCCUUCCUUACCUUCGAAGCUCGACCCCUUUGAAUCCAGUGAUCCCUUUUCAUCCUCCAGUGUCUCCUCAAAAGGAUCAGAUCCCUUUGGAACCUUAGAUCCCUUCGGAAGUGGGUCCUUCAAUAGUGCUGAAGGCUUUGCCGACUUCAGCCAGAUGUCCAAGCCCCCACCUUCUGGCCCUUUCACCUCCUCCUUGGGAGGGGCAGGAUUCUCAGAUGACCCCUUUAAAAGUAAACAGGACACUCCUGCUCUGCCUCCGAAGAAACCCGCUCCUCCACGGCCUAAACCGCCCAGCGAAGCAAUGGCUGAACAGAAAAAUUCUGCAUUGUACACGCUGCUGGGUGCUGUCUCACCAAAAGAAGAAGACAAAAGUCAUUCUUCCCCUUGCAAAACAAGCCCCUCCUGUACCUGUGUGUGGCAUCCACCCAGGGUGGCCGUGGGUUCUUGACCUCCCUGUGGUGAGUGCCACACAGGAUGCAGCCACCGAGAAAGCGCUGAGGUCCUAAGUGCUGCCAGCUCUCCCUGCUCCUCUGAAACGCCAGACCAACAUCGAAACCAGGGCUCAGUGACCUCUCCCUGUCAUGUGCCCAUGUGGGUCCCAAAACCUUUUGUUGAUUGCAUAAGAUCCACUUUAAAAAUGGCAUUUCCAUUUGAACCCUGCGGUUAGCACCUCAGCCUUGAACUUAACUACUUUAAUUCCGUUCCCACGAUGAUCUCAGAGAGAUAAUCCGGUGGGUACAUGUGAAGUUCUACAAUGGGACAAGUGGUUCCACCAUCUCAAGGGGCCUGGAAAAUUCUGGCACUUGCCUGCCAGCCAGGAUGGGGAGGGAGUCCCAAGGAGCCUAAAACGACCAACCAGGCGGAGUCCCUCUUUCCUGCCCACGCCCCCAUCCCCCAGCACUGCUGUGGUCAAGGAAGCUUCGGAGCUUCCAUGUGAGCCCUCUGUUUCUGUCCUAGGGCUGGGUGAGACCCGCUGUCAGUGCCAAGGAAUGGUCCCAUUCUGAGAGGGAGGAAUGUCAGCCUUGUAUGUUUAAACUGACUGCAGGCAGAUUGCCGUUUGGAGCACUUUCUGUUCUGUAAAGACCACUGAGUUUGAAAAUAGAAGCAUUUGCCUACCUGGGCACACUGUACCCAGAGGCGGAUCCAGGGAGUGUUGUGUGACUUGAUUAUCAUCUGGCAUUCAGUGGGGUGCAAAUGCUGGGACCUGGGGGCCUGUGGGGUGGGGUGCAGGCCUAGAAGGGCUGGACUGUCCCACCCCAGCAUCUGAGUAUAGGUGUGAACAGACGGGAGCUGUCGCCCUGGGGACAUCCCUUGCUUGGCGGAGGCUCCACUUGAGGGAGGUAAGGGCCGGGGCAGAUGCCUCAGAAGGGGGCUCUGGUUGCAGCUCUGGGCACCACCUCCCUGCUUUUCUGGCGGGGUGAAUAUGGCCCCUCAUCUUUCAUCUCUCCCAUUCAAAGCCCCAAGUCAGCACCCCUCGCCUGCCACUGCUAACUGCAAAAUAGCACAUGCACUCGGGCAACGGGGGAUCUGGCCAUGAAGAGCAGAAGUGGCAGCCCCUCCCCAGACCUGACGCCUUCCCAAGUGUCGCCCACCAUGGGAGCUCCUCGUGGGCUCUGCGCCUCAGUUCCUCCCCUCCCAGGGGCUCUUUUGGGUCCUUCCAUGCACGACCCCUAACCAGCUCUCAGACUCGCUGCACGGCGUUCUCAGGGAUCUUGUUACAUGUGGGCAAGGCACCUUCCCACCCUUUGCAGAGGUGGCGUCUGUGACAUUGGCAGUCUCCGUAGG